UCCGUGCUUCUCUCAUCCGGUUCCAACGGUUCCAAUCGUUCCAACAAGACAUAUGUCUGGUACAUCACGCUUGCGUGUUGAUGGAUAAAGCUAUCGUGGCAAUGCGUUGAAUACGGUUUUUUAUUCUGAAUAAGAAUAGUGCAAUAUUCUUUGUAUAGAAUUCCUUGUAGUACGUAAAAAAUGACGUAUUUAAGUUCGUGGGAAGAAUUCGAGAAGGGAGCGGAGAGGUUAUAUCUCCAAGAUCCGAUGAAGGCUCGGUAUACAAUGAAAUAUUGCCACAAUAAAGGUGUCCUAUGUCUAAAGCUUACAGACAAUCGUACAUGUCUACAGUACAAAACAGAGAUAGCACAGGACUUAAAGAAGAUGGAGAAAUUUAUAGGAAACUUGAUGAGGCACAUGGCGUCCAAGGAAAGUUAAACAUAAGGACUAGAUAAGAGUAGGGAAACAUUUUUUUAAACGAAGGAAUGUAAAAGUGCUGCGCAUUUAAUUCAUUGUUUAUCUUGUUCCAUUUCAUAAGAUUCAGUGACUGAGGGGAUUAUAGAUAUUUAAUUUGAGAAUGAGGUAUAAAAAACUUUCUUAAAUACACAAUAUGUGCAUGAACAUCUAUUUUCUAUUUAUUUUAAAGCUUCAUGCUUAUUUCGGCCGGUUCCGUUGCCUCCUUGUUAAAGUUCUGAAACAGUACAAAUUCAAAUGUAUCACAGACUUGUCCGUAAAGUAAUCCGUUUCGAAACAAAUAAACCAUACAAGAAAUCGAACAAACAUGAUCACUAAACAGCGGAUUUUAGGCACUUAAACCAGAAUUGCCAAAAAUUAUGAACGUUACGUGUAAUGUGCAAAACUACGAAGUACCAAAAGCUGAAUGCAUAUUUCACUGUUCUAAUAAUGAAAUAAAUGUUUAUUUGAAACACAUUUUAAACUGAUACAUUAAAUGUUUUAUAUUGUAUAAAUACCCACUGUUUAAUGAUCACUGAAAUUUAUUAAAGAAGAACUACCAAACUUUUCCAAAAGUGUAACUGUAUGUACGUGUAUGUCUGUAUGUAUGUAACAGCAGCGUGUACGGUGCAUUAGUUGUUAUUAAUAAAGCCAAACUCUUAAUUUUAA